AUGCUCAACUCCUCCAAGACCAUCUCCAUCCCCAUGCGCGACGCGCUGUUUGCCUGCUUUAAAGCAGCAACGACCCUCGUCCGGCCAGGCUUACGGCAGCAUGUUAUCUUGGUCGGAGCCGGGCUCAAAGACUUUACCAUCGAGGCCGACGGCAAGAUUGCGUUUGACGUACCUCAAGGAUUCCGAGUACGAAUGGAUGUCCUGGAGAUUGGCAAUGGCUGCAUCGAGCGCAUACACGCAACCGAGUCCUUCUUGGGGGGUUCGGUCGCGUCUACCUCAGACCUCCUCCGGCUCAGGGCAAAGACUGUGGUAGAGAGGGGAAAUGAUGGGGAAGUAGAUGACUUUCGGUGGUUACUGUUGCUUGCUGCAAGAAAUGGCCAAGUCCUCCCCUUACUUGAUAACGAUGAGGUGGAGAACUUGGUUGGUGCUGCUGCUAUCUUGAUGUCAUUCGAUGUCUUGAUCUUGAUUGCCCUUCUUGGUGUCAACAAUAGCGCAGCUGCUGGGCAGCUGCUGGGCAAAUAUCUGGGUCCAUCCAACACGCCCCUGUCACCUCUCCCAGCCAUCGUCUUUCUACCUGAUAAGCUCAACUUCCAUCCUCGCCGCAGGAUCACAACGGAAACCUAUGGUUUAGAAAGGGGAUCGGUGACUGAAUUCAUCAUGCUUCCCACACAUGCUCUCACCUCAUUUCUAGUCUGGGCCGGAAUCGCCUCACCCGCAAAACCUGUAACUUGCCCUUCCAGUUCAGAACUCAGAGUCACCAUACCACCGUCCCACCAGAGCCCAAGCAACACAGACUACGAGUCGUUAGCCGAAGUCCACGAUGCUCUCAUCCACUGCCCCAACAUCACAUCACUCAACCUGCGUAUCGGAGAGAUCGGUUGUGUAGGAGAACCCGACCGCUGGAGCCUUCCCCUCGACCCUGCCCGAACAUCACGAUAUCUCCCCGUACUGGACACACUAUCCCUCGAAAAGUAUCAUUUUUACGACACUUAUGGGGAUUACCUACAUCCUUUGAGAGGAUGGACUUAUCUCAGUGCUUGGAUCUGGUCGGGUGAUGCCUUUGGGUGGUUGAAAUGGAGACUACUCUCGGAUGACCAAAAGUCGGUGAGCAACACCGAACUAUGGCUCGACGCGAUGGACUUCUCCAAGAUCCGCAAUCUCUCCAUCUUGGACUACAACGGUCCUCCUGAGACACUCGUCGAGAGCGAACUGCCUCUAUCUCUACCAAGCCUUCGCACGUUGAGGCUGGAGCGAAACACAACGGUAGACUUUGGCCUCUCCCUACCUCUGCAUUCGCUACACAGCCUUUCAUGGCUAGACGCCGGCCAAGACCAGUCCAUCAUCCCCAUACUCGAACGCCAGGGACGCUCACUCAAUCACCUGGAAUGGCGAACGCCUGAAAGCCUAGAGUCCAAAAGACCAGUGCUUUCGAGGGAGGUCAUGCGAGACCUUCGCAACUUAGCACCCAAUUUGCAAUCUCUGACCAUCGACCUCAACCGCAACGGCACAUGGCCAUGGGAGGAUCUCCGCGCUCUCUCGUUAGGCCUCCCGGCUGGACUGACCAACCUCACGCUAUACCUCGAGAUCGCGAGCGAAUGCCGUCGUCAACAGGGCCCGUACGAUCCGGUCCGUUGCGAGGAUGCCUGCGGUCCGGUGGAGCAGCUCGCCAGCCCUCUGCUCACGGCGACGAGUGCCCUCCAAGUUGCGAGGUUCAUCCGACAUUACGCAAAGAGUCCGCUGGCCUCCAUCAACUUCUUCGCGGGCGAUUGGACGAGGCCGUGGGAUGGGCCGAUUAACGUGCCGACCUGGUUGGAUGGCAGGCGUUCUUGGGUUGCUUGCGGUACGAACGGCGGCGAGGAUGAGGAGCUCAGAUGCUCUGGGAUGGACACGGCAUUGGGCGAGCAUGAGAUUGAGCUCUUUCGGGCCCUGUGUGUACGAAUGUCGGCGGAUCUCUUGGAUGAUAUCACCGCUGGGCAUCCUCAAGACUUCGUGGACCAGCGCAAGAGUGAAUAA